CUUUGGGCCAUUUAACGCAAUAAACCCAAAAUAGAGACGAGUAAGGAGUCUCACGCCUGAAGCUCAGUUAGCCGCGAAGCGCCGCCGGCAAAGCGAGAGCACCACCGCCUCCGCCCGUUGGCGAACUCUCUACUUAAGUGUCUGCGGUGAUUUGCGUCCACUUGAACCGGAGUCUUGAGCUCUCUUAUUUCGCCAGAAAGACCCAGACAUGGUAGAUAAAGAGACCAAAACAACUCUCAACAAGACUACUGGGUUGCCCAGGAAGCGUUUCUACCGAGCACGAGCUCAUAGCAACCCAUUGAGUGACUCUCACUUCCCCAUCCCGCUCUUCCCUAGCCAAUUUGAUUAUUCCCAGCAUUACCCACAUUUCUUCCCUGCAUCUUCCGAGAAUGCUUCCAACAAAAAGAUUCAAUUUGCUGAUAUUGGAUGUGGAUUUGGAGGUCUUCUUGUUAGCCUUUCAACUCUUUUCCCCGAUACCCUGAUGAUCGGCAUGGAAAUAAGGGAUAAGGUGACUGAGUAUGUCAAGGAAAGGAUUCUCGGCCUGAGGGCGACCAAUCCCGGUCAGUACCAGAAUGUUUCAGUUGUACGAACCAAUUCCAUGAAGUACAUCCCAAAUUACUUUGAGAAAGGGCAGCUCACCAAAAUGUUUUUCCUAUUUCCCGACCCCCACUUUAAGGAGAAGAAUCACCGACGCAGAGUUAUAAGCCCUCACUUGCUAGACGAGUAUGCAUACGCCCUUGCAGUUGGUGGCAUAAUAUACACGAUGACAGAUGUUGAGGAGCUUGGGGAGUGGAUGAAGGGCUGUUUAGAGGACCAUCCGAUGUUUGAAACCCUCACGGAGGAGGAGCUCAAAGCCGACCCUGUCGUGAAGCUUCUGAGCUCUGCUACCGAAGAAGGGCAGAAGGUUGCAAGGAAUGGAGGGCAGACAUUUCGGGCAGUAUACAGACGAAUCACGCCUUCUCAAUGAUUGAAUUCAUCAGAGAUCCCGGGUCUGUUGAAUUUUGUUUUCAUCAGGUUCUAUUGGUUUUUGACAUCUUUGUUUGAUCGGGUUUCGACCAAUAUUUAUGGGAGACAUUAGGCAGGCGUUUGCUCUGAUGUGAGAAUAGUAUUAUGGAAUUGGAAACCUGCAAUUGCAAUGAAUCGGGAUAAUUUCAUUUAAAAUAGGAUUGUGAUUACAAUUGAA